CGCGGGCGCGGGCGCACGGUCAGCUGGGCGGAAGUUGCGCGCGGCUCCAUCUUACGUCAGUCAGAGCGGUGACUGGAACGCGUCGGGGCUCGCAGAGCUACAGUCAUGUCAGACAAAGAUAAAAGUGAGCUUAAAGCAGAAUUAGAGCGUAAAAAACAGCGGUUGGCUCAAAUCAGAGAGGAAAAGAAAAGGAAAGAAGAGGAGAGAAAGAAAAAGGAAGCUGAUCAGAAGAAGGAAUUGCCACAGAAUGAAGAAACUGAUAUUGAGAAGAAACGAAGGGAAGCUGAAGCCUUGCUCCAGAGCAUGGGCAUUACAUCUGAGCCCUCUGUUGUCCCUCCUACGUCUCCUCCCUCAAAAUCGGUGAGUACACCAAGUGAGGCUGGAAGCCAGGAUUCUGCUGAUUGCACUCUUGGACCAAGGCGUGGAGCAAUCAAAUUGGAGAUGGCAAAGAUCACACAGGUAGAUUUUCUUCCACGGGAGAUUGUCAGUUAUACAAAGGGAACACAAACUCCAGUUAUUGCACAGAAAGCUGAAGCAGAAGAGGAGGAGGAGGAAAUUGUACCCAAGCAAGUAGUUGAACCAGAACCAGCACAAGUACAGAAAGAAGAAGAUAAAGAAGGUGUACCUCAUGAACUUACAGAAGAAGAAAAACAGCAGAUAAUUCAUUCUGAUGAAUUCCUCACAUUCUUUGAUCACAGCACUAGAAUAAUUGAACGAGCUCUUGCAGAGCAUAAAGACUUGUUUUUUGACUACAGUGGCAAGGAUUUAGAAGAAAAAGAAGGAGAACUCCAAGGUGGAGCUAAACUAUCUUUAAAUAGAGAGUUUUCUGAUGAACGCUGGUCAAAACAUCGUGUUGUUACAUGCAUGGACUGGUCACCUCAGUACCCAGAACUCCUUGUUGCUUCGUACAACAAUAAUGAGGAUGCUCCCCAUGAACCAGAUGGUGUAGCUCUUGUAUGGAACAUGAAAUUUAAGAAAGCAACUCCAGAGUAUGUCUUCCACUGCCAGUCAUCUGUAAUGUCAGCUUCUUUUGCACGAUUUCAUCCAAAUCUGGUCGUUGGAGGAACAUAUUCUGGUCAGAUUGUGCUAUGGGAUAAUCGCAGUAACAAAAGGACACCAGUCCAGAGAACACCACUCUCUGCUGCUGCUCAUACGCAUCCUGUCUACUGUGUGAAUGUGGUUGGUUCUCAAAAUGCCCAUAACCUGAUCAGUGUUUCCACUGAUGGGAAGAUCUGUUCCUGGAGUCUGGAUAUGCUUUCACAACCACAGGAUAGCAUGGAAUUGAUGCAUAAGCAGUCAAAGGCAGUAGCUGCUACUUGUAUGUCCUUCCCAUUGGGUGACGUCAACAAUUUUGUAGUUGGCAGUGAGGAAGGCUCUAUAUACACUGCAUGCCGUCAUGGAAGCAAAGCUGGAAUUAGUGAGAUUUUUGAUGGUCAUCAAGGACCAAUCACAGGUAUUCAUUAUCACACUGCAGCUGGUCCAGCUGACUUCUCUCAUCUUUUUGUAACCUCCUCCUUUGAUUGGACAGUCAAAUUAUGGACAACCAAGAAUAACAAGCCUCUGUAUUCCUUUGAAGACAAUGCUGAUUAUGUUUAUGAUGUUAUGUGGUCUCCCACCCAUCCUGCAAUGUUUGCAUGUGUUGAUGGAAUGGGAAGACUUGAUUUAUGGAAUCUAAAUAAUGAUACAGAGGUACCAACAGCAAGUAUAACAGUGGACAAAAAUCCUGCACUGAACCGAGUGAAAUGGACUCAAACUGGAAGAGAAAUUGCUGUGGGUAACUCAGAAGGGCAAAUACUAAUUUAUGAUGUAGGAGAGCAAAUAGCAGUUCCUCGAAGUGAUGAAUGGACACGCUUCGCUCGAACUUUGGCAGAAAUAAAUGCCAACAGAGCUGAUGCAGAGGAAGAAAUUGCAGCAUGAAUAGCAGAUCAGAAUUCAAGCCAAGACCUGUAUGUAGAGUAGGAAACAGCAAUUCAAUUAAGUGUCCAAUUAAAUUUUGUAUCUUGGUUGGUAACAAUGAAAUGGCACAGGAACUUGUGCAACAAAUUUCUUAAAUUUCAUUUUCCCCAUAUUUCAGUGAAAUAACCCCAUCACAAAAGUCGAAUAAAUAUUUAAAGUGUCACCAAUAUGUGCAACGGCAGGUGAUAGGGAAGAAUUCUUAGCAGUUUUAUAAACAUUCAUACUUCGGGAACUAAUUAUAGCUGUUGUAUUUUUGACAGCUACAACUAUAAAAAUUGUACUUUCCUGUAUUAGAUUUGUAAUUUUUAAGGCAAUAGGAGCAGAAUUAGGCCAUUUGGGCCCAUCAAGUCUGCUUCGUCAUUUCAUCUUAGCUGAUCUAUUUCCCAUCUCAACUGCAUUCUCCUCAUAAUCUUUCAAGCUCUGAAUAAUCAAGAAUUUAUCAACCUCCACCUUAAAUGCAUCCAAUGACCUGGCCUCCACAGCCACCUGUGGGCAAUGAAUUCCACAGAUUUAUUAUCCUCUGGUUAAAGAAAUUUCUCCUCACCUCCAUUCAAAGUGGAGAUCUCUCUAUUUUGAGACUGCUCUUUGGUCUGAAAAUCCCCCACUAUAGGUAUCAUUUUCUCCACAUCCACUCUAACUAUUCUUUCCACAGCCUCCAUCUGUACACCAAAUUUAUCCCAUUGCAUGUAGACUGCAGGAGUUGGCCACAAAAGCAAGUGUCAUUGUGGGAAGUUUGUUCUCCUGUAGUUUUGGAAAUAUCACUUAUGCAUAUUGGUCUUGUAAUUAAUGUCAUUUUAAAAAUUAUUUUGAUCUAAUGUGGUUUUAACAAUAGUUACAAAAAUUAUGUAAAAUUAGCAUUAAAAUUGCUACAAAUAAUAAAUAUACAGGAAAGUAAAUAUCUGAUGUGAUGUUUUAUAUUGAACUGCACAAGCAUUUACACACAUAUACUAUCCUUUUCAUGGUGUAACUUGAUCAGUUACCCCACCGAGUUUGUUGUUUUAGCAUCAGAUGAGAGUAUAUGUGCUCAUUUUGUAAAGUAAUUUAUGGCUCUCCUUGAUGCCAUGAGUUUUUUGUACUAUUACAUGGUACCUUUAAAUGGAAUUUAGAGUACAAUAAACAAUAUUUUUCAACAGGCAAUAUCAAAUUUACUGUUAAUAUAUUUGAGUUUACUACAGAAACAUCAAAAAUGCAACUGGUUUUAUCUGCCAUAUAUACAGUUUAAUUGUAGAAAUGUCACAUUAGGUGUAUUCCUUCUCACACAGGUAAACUGCUGGUGGUUAAUGUACAUACUUGAAUAGUGCCCAAGGAAACAAUCUGUACAUAGUUCAAAUGUAACUUCGUAUCAUUGAGAAACUCCCAAUUACAAAAUUAAAGAAUUUUUUUCAGCAAAUAUGCUGAAGUAUACAUAAUAAUAAAAAGCAAAUUUUUGGGCUUUGCUGAUGUCCUAAAAUUAGCUUAGUCAGAUCGAGUUUUCCUUGCAAUUCAGACACCAAAUAUAGCACAUUUUCAUAAAACAAAUCAAUGCAGUAAAAAUAAUUCUUUAAAACAGUAAUAUGGUAACAGUUUAUAGUUUAAAUGCCAUGAUUUAACAAAACAAUCUGUACAAUAUUUUUCAGCAACCCUUUAACUCA